UGCCGAGGGUAAAAGGGCCUCCAUCUAUCUAUCUUUUUGCAACCAACCACGUCCAAGCUGUUUCUUCAAUACUUCCUCUUGCUAGUGAAGGUACUAGCUGGGGAUGGGUCGGGCUUUCCCAUCUCAGCAUAAGACUGCAAGAUUUGAAUGUGCCCCAGAAUCGGUCUCACUGACCACAGCAGGUACCCAGGGCAGGAAACCGAGCAGGACCCACAGCAAGUGUGGAGGCAAGACACAUCAAAGCGGAGAUGGGAAGUGAAAGAGCGCUCGUUCUGGACAGAUUAGCAAGCAAUGUGGCAAAACGGAAAAGCUCAAUGCCUCAGAAAUUCAUUGGGGAGAAGCGGCACUGCUUUGACGUUAACUACAACCCCAGCUACGCCUAUGAGAAGGAGACUGAGCUAAUGCAGACCCGAAUGAUGGACCAGGCCAUCAACAGCGCCAUCAGCUACCUGGGGGCUGAAGCCCUGCGCCCCUUAGUCCAGACUCCGCCUGCUCCCACCUCUGAGAUGGUCCCAGUUAUCAGCAGCAUGUACCCUUUAGCUCUCACCCGGGCUGAAAUGCCUAAUGGGGCCCCCCAGGAGCUGGAAAAGAAAAGGAUGCUCCUACCAGAGAAAAACUUGCCUUCUGAACGAGGUCUGUCCCCCAUCAAUAGUGCCCACGACUCUACAGACACUGACAGCAACCACGAGGAUCGCCAGAAUCACGGCUACCAGCAAAGCCACAUGGUCCUUCCCCAGGCCCGCAACGGGAUGCCACUUCUAAAGGAGGUCCCUCGCUCCUUUGAACUCCUGAAGCCCCCUCCCAUCUGCCUGAGAGACUCCAUCAAAGUGAUCAGCAAAGGAGGAGAGGUGAUGGAUGUGUUCCGGUGUGACCACUGCCAUGUCCUCUUCCUAGAUUACGUAAUGUUCACCAUCCACAUGGGCUGUCAUGGCUUCCGUGACCCUUUCGAGUGUAACAUGUGUGGCUACCGAAGCCACGAUCGCUACGAAUUCUCCUCCCACAUUGCCAGAGGAGAACACAGAGCCAUGUUGAAGUGAGCAUCAGUCUCCGAGCUCACAAUCUAAGGCCCAACGUUGUUGUUGUUGUUUUUUUAAAACUAAUGAUAGCCUUACCCAGGAAGCUGAACUCAAACCCACAGUCCUGCCUGGUUAUGUUAGCAUUCAGUCAUAUUCACACGAACAAUCAGGGAAACACUGUCUUCGUCCAGAAACAGUUUGCAGAGCCAUCACAUUACUCUGUGAAACCUUCCUUUCCCAUCAGUUGAAUUUGAUGGGAUGUAAAAGCCAAAGAAGUAUCUGGUUCAUUAUCUUUUGUAGCCAUAGACAGCCAUCCGCUGGAGCUCCUUGCCAAUUGGAACAAUCUUUAGUGGGCUGCAGGAGACAUUCGCUGGGAUAUAGCAGCCAUAUGCGGAAAAGCCUUUUGAUCCCAUGCCCAGAUCCACACAGUGGAAGAGCUGACCAGCUGCCCUUGCCCUUGGGCACUAGCACAAGGCAGAAGGGUUAGGACCUAACCUCCCCACCCUCCCAGUCUAACAGUAAGAUAGGGACCACCAUAGAGUAAGGACCUGCUGCCAGGAAUGGAAGAGCCUACCCUCGGAGCUUCGAUUCGCUUCCUGUCACACAAACAAACAAAACAGAAGCCAUCUGAGGACCCUUCUGCUUCACCUGCCAGCUCUCUGGAAGAAAAUUUUACCCAGAAGAACCAACCAACGCUUUUAAAUACUGAGUAUCACGGACACCCAGGGAUUCGCCACUGAGGGGCAGUGGUAUUUGUUUUUGUUUUUGAUUGAGAUUGGCCGAGCAGGCUGGAGACAUAGCUUAGUGGUACAGUGUUUGCCAAGUUCAACCCCCAGCACCAGGGGACAAAGGAAAGAGAGAAAAGGGGGGGACAGGAAAGAUUGGCGGAGCAGUGUGUAAGGGCACGUGGGUUGUCACUGUCGUGGAGCACUGGGUGCAAACCCAAAGAACACCUGAAAGUGAUUUUGCACACGCACAUACACAGGGGACCCGGAACAUGCCCUUUGCCUGCCCCACAGGAGUGAGAGCAGGAACACCGAUGUUCUGAUCAGGAUGCUGCGAGGUCAUGUUAGACAUGGGUGGCUUUUAUUUCACUUUUAAACCUUGGGGCCUCGAGCUCACCACUAGCUGAGGGUAGCCAGGACUCUGAUCCUCCUGCCUCAGCCUGCUGAGUGCUGGGGUGAGAGAUGAUCACCAUCAGGGUGUUUGCUGUCUUAAACCGGAGCUGCUACAUUCCCCUGAGAAUCUCGGAAGUCUGUCUCGUUCUGUAGAUGGACCAUGUCGCUACACACACAGGCACCGAGACAUCAAGGAAGCCCGGAAUAGAGGUCACAAUGCGUGUGUGCCGAGCUCCUAUCUGCUACUAAUGAGUGUGUGCUUUUGUACAAAUCAUUUAACUCUAAAAGCUAAGCUUCCUCAACCAUAAAAUAAGAGUUGGAUUUAGGCCUUCUUGAUUGUCCCACCCGGCUUCAAUACACGAUUAUUCCAUAACCACAGGUUAUUUUUAAACCUCCUGAUGUGUGGGCACUAGACAGAAGGGUCCACACAUGAAAAUGUGUUUCAUAUCUCUUUGGUGUGAAAAUAUAAGUGUGUUAAGUUUUUCCUUCAGCCACUGAGUCAUGGACGUGAGGAGACCCUGAGGAGGAACAAAGAACAGGAAGGUGAUUUGGUCUUGCCAAAGUGUGCACACAAACUAGCAUCUGCAGCUGCUUGCCGGGGCCCUUUUCCUCCUUUCCUUUUUAAGAACUGGUCUUCGGGAAAAUAAGUUCUGCUUACAGGGACAGUUCCACGGAGCCUAUUUACAAAUGAAGAGCUAGCUUUAUGAACAUUUCUGCCAGAGCCAAGAAUCCCGAGUUCCUGGUAGAUUAGCAUUUUCCUUCUAAAGAGUUUAUGGAUUCGGCUCUCGCUCAACUCCUUUAUGCAAUGCCAGUAAUUAAAGCGGUCCACCUCAGAUACACAAAUGGCUUAGCCUGCUUUGUAGCAUGGUGUCUGUCUCAGGGAACGGGGGGUGGGGGGGCAUGAAAUUC